AUGGAUAUCGUUGCGUCGCCUACGUCCACGUCGGCGGAGGAAGCUGGUCGCUUUCCCGGAAGCAAUGCAUCAGACCAGCCCCGCGAUCGACCACAAUCACAUGUGAAUACCCUCCAAGACGGUGCCAACACCAAUAACUCGUCCCCCCUCAUCAAGCCUCCUGUGGUCAAACACUUGUCCAGCCCCGAGUACAAUACACCCUCACGCCAUCAUCGCCGGAGCCCUUCAGCGGCCAGACAAGUCAAGGAAUCUCUCAAUGCACGAUCCGAAUACGUCACCAGCAAAGAUGACGGCGUCGCAGAACACCGCAUCAAUCAGUAUAUUAUCAAGCAAGAGAUUGGCCGCGGAUCCUUUGGCGCAGUUCACUUAGCCAUCGACCAGUAUGGGAAAGAAUACGCCGUCAAAGAAUUCUCCAAAGCGCGACUGCGCAAGCGAGCACAGUCUCACAUCCUCCGGAAACCUCUGUCCCAAAGGCGCCGGGGAGCGUUACAAGGCUUUAAUUCUCCCCUGCACCGAAAUGUCGGCAAUGAGGGCGAACUGCAAGCCAGUUCGAUUGACCUGAUAAAAGAAGAGAUUGCCAUCAUGAAGAAAUUAAACCACCCAAACCUGGUCUCCUUGAUUGAGGUGUUGGAUGAUCCCACAGAAGAUUCGCUAUACAUGGUAUUGGAGAUGUGCAAGAAAGGUGUGGUGAUGAAGGUAGGGCUGGAAGAAAGAGCAGAUCCGUACCCCGACCAUGUCUGUCGAUACUGGUUUCGAGAUUUGAUUCUCGGAAUUGAAUAUUUGCAUGCUCAAGGGGUAGUGCAUCGUGACAUCAAACCGGACAACUGCUUGGUCACUGAAGAUGAUGUGCUCAAGGUGGUCGACUUUGGCGUCUCGGAGAUGUUCGAAAAGGACUCCGAAAUGCUUACUGCAAAGUCCGCCGGCAGCCCAGCGUUUCUCCCCCCGGAGCUCUGUGUUGCUCGACACGGAGAUGUAUCGGGGCGUGCGACAGACAUCUGGUCAAUGGGAGUGACUUUAUACUGCUUAAAGUACGGCAGAAUCCCAUUUGAGAAGACGAACAUUUUCGAACUCUACGAGGCCAUCAAAACCGACGAGCCAGACUUGGGCGACGAAGUAGAUGAAGAUUUUCGGGAUCUCAUGAACCGCAUUCUGGAGAAAGAUCCGCAGAAACGUAUCAAGAUGCCGGAGUUGAGAGAACAUCCGUGGGUUACGAACAAGGGCACUGACAAGCUGCUUCCAGAAGAGGAGAACACCUCUGAUCUCGUUGAGCCCCCCACGGAGGCUGAGAUGAACGCGGCCAUCACCAAGAAUAUGAGGAAUCUCAUGACAGUUGUGAAAGCUGUCAACAAAUUCAAGUCGCUUGUAGGAAAGGAUAAACCGAAGGGUAUGACCUCGAUACUGGGCGACCAAGAAGGCGCACAUUUCUCUCACCCUCCGGGAGCCAUAUCCAAAGAUUCCGAAUCUCCUCUCCCGAAAUCACAUAGUUUCAAUGCUUUUGGCCAAGAGCAUACCGACGCGCAACCACGAAUUGAGGAGCUUUCCCAAGACGUGAACAGGCUGAAUGUCCGACCAGUACCUACGCUGAGUAUCGACGAUACGACAAAGAGCGAAGAGCAAAAAGGUGUCGAAAGAGGCAGGGACAUUGGCAGCCCUUCGGGAGGACUGACUCACACACCCACCAACACAGAUGACUCGCUCUCCAGAGUUCAAAGCCCAAUAGACAUUGAAAAGCUCGAUCCAAUGAAGCUGCCUCCAUUCCGAUCGCUGAGGCUGCAUGCAAACACUACUGACGAGAUAGGCCACCGAGGGCACGCGCACGACCCGUUAGAGGACCAACUAUACCUUUACAUUGGUCCGUCCACAUUUUCGGGGGUCAGUUCUGGCCCCGACGACGACAGGACCUUUGUUCCCGGAGACGAAGAUGUGCCCAUCGUCAGUGAAAGCCCUGGGGCAGCGGACGUGGACAUUUACGAAACCGCGUACCGUGACGAGAUUGAGCGAAUCAUGGCUCGAGCCCAGGAGGAGAAGAGGGAGCCCAACGUUUACCUCACGAGACGCGUGGAUGCUCGGUUGAUGGCCAUCAGCGGACUCGCCGGUAAAUGGGCGGCGAAGGGCGAAGAAGCCAAGAACCAGAUCAAGGACUAUACGCAGUUCUCUGCUCGAAAGGCCCGGGUGACCGAAGUCAGCCGCGCACUGCGACAAGCCGCCAGAGAAGAGUAUGAAAGAAGGAGGCAGGAACACCGGGAAUGGAUCGCCGCCGAGAAAGCACAACGAGCACGAGCCAAAGAAGCAGAGGCGUCGAAAGCAAGCACCCCUCCACCCGCGGGGGCUGGAGCUGAAGUAGAAGAAAACACGAGCACGCCCACCAGCCCUCAGUCGCCCGGGAAGUACUCUUCAGCAUGGAAAGGUAAGGCAGUAGAUGCUGGACGACAAGCAAGAACCUCGCUCAUGGGACUUAUGGACAUGGUUAAGAGCAAGAGCCGAACACGGUCGAAAGACGAGGCCAACUGA